GUAGUAAGAUCAGAGUUCGAAACAGUUCCAUUAGUUCCAAGCACAUUCAGUAGGUCAUCUUCACCAUUUAUAUUUUCAUUUUCAUUAGUGUCCAGCGAAAGUUCAUUAUUAGAUUUUGUGAUUUUUCUAAAGGUAUACAGGGAGCACUUAUUAGAGCACUCAAAUUGCAGCAAACAUUUAUCAAUUUCAAUCCCAUUUGGGUCAGCUUCAACGACAAAUAGUUUAACUGUAUAUUUCCCUUCAAACAUUCUCAGUUUUGAUGUCAUUUCCACUGUCUGAAACAUGUUUACACUAGACUCUGACUCAGCAGGGGUUGUAAUAGCACCGAGGGAGGUGCCGUUUAAAAAUGCUUCAAUUUGGCCACCUUUACCAUCAUUUGAAUAUCUGAUGCCAAAUAGCUGCAGAGAACACAAAUUAUCUUCUGAACGGAAGACCAAAUUAUCAUGAAUUAGUUGUUCAUGUUCAAGCAGCAAAACUGAUAUUCCCCAUGAGGCAUUACUUCGAUACAUAUACCUCCCUCCUGUUCCAUUCUCUGCUUCCAGUGAUACAGUACACGUGAACUGACUGGCCACUCCAGUACCAAGAUAAACCAAUAUUGCAGCACAUACCACUGCCUUCGCAAACAUUAUUAAUCAGAUUUCCAAGCUUCAA